CUGGCCUUCCCAACCACCAAGCUGGCCUUCCCAACCAUCAAGCUGGCCUUCCCAACCAUCAAGCUGGCCUUCCCAACCAUCAAGCUGGCCUUCCCAACCACCAAGCUGGCCUUCCCAACCACCAAGCUGGCCUUCCCAACCAUCAAGCUGGCCUUCCCAACCAUCAAGCUGGCCUUCCCAACCAUCAAGCUGGCCUUCCCAACCACCAAGCUGGCCUUCCCAACCACCAAGCUGGCCUUCCCAACCAUCAAGCUGGCCUUCCCAACCAUCAAGCUGGCCUUCCCAACCAUCAAGCUGGCCUUCCCAACCACCAAGCUGGCCUUCCCAACCAUCAAGCUGGCCUUCCCAACCAUCAAGCUGGCCUUCCCAACCAUCAAGCUGGCCUUCCCAACCACCAAGCUGGCCUUCCCAACCAUCAAGCUGGCCUUCCCAACCAUCAAGCUGGCCUUCCCAACCAUCAAGCUGGCCUUCCCAACCACCAAGCUGGCCUUCCCAACCAUCAAGCCUGGCCUUCCCAACUAUCAAGCUGGCCUUCCCAACUAUCAAGCUGGCCUUCCCAACUAUCAAGCUGGCCUUCCCAACUAUCAAGCUGGCCUUCCCAACUAUCAAGCUGGCCUUCCCAACCAUCAAGCUGGCCUUCCCAACCAUCAAGCUGGCCUUCCCAACCACCAAGCUGGCCUUCUCAACCACCAAGCUGGCCUUCCCAACCAUCAAGCUGGCCUUCCCAACCACCAAGCUGGCCUUCCCAACCACCAAGCUGGCCUUCCCAACCAUCAAGCUGGCCUUCCCAACCAUCAAGCUGGCCUUCCCAACCACCAAGCUGGCCUUCCCAACCACCAAGCUGGCCUUCCCAACCACCAAGCUGGCCUUCCCAACCAUCAAACUGGCCUUCCCAACCACCAAGCUGGCCUUCCCAACCAUCAAGCUGGCCUUCCCAACCACCAAGCUCGUCUUCCCAACCAUCAAGCUGGCCUUCCCAACCACCAAGCUGGCCUUCCCAACCAUCAAGCUGGCCUUCCCAACCAUCAAGCUGGCAUUCCCAACCAUCAAGCUGGCCUUCCCAACCACCAAGCUCGUCUUCCCAACCAUCAAGCUGGCCUUCCCAACCAUCAAGCUGGCCUUUCCAACCAUCAAACUGGCCUUCCCAACCACCAAGCUGGCCUUCCCAACCACCAAACUGGCCUUCCCAACCACCAAGCUGGCCUUCCCAACCACCAAGCUGGCCUUCCCAACCACCAAGCUGGCCUUCCCAACCACCAAGCUGGCCUUCCCAACCAUCAAGCUGGCCUUCCCAACCACCAAGCUGGCCUUCCCAACCAUCAAGCUGGCCUUCCCAACCACCAAGCUGGCCUUCCCAACCACCAAGCUGGCCUUCCCAACCACCAAGCUGGCCUUCCCAACCACCAAGCUGGCCUUCCCAACCACCAAGCUGGCCUUCCCAACCAUCAAGCCGGCCUUCCCAACCACCAAGCUGGCCUUCCCAACCACCAAGCUGGCCUUCCCAACCACCAAGCUGGCCUUCCCAACCACCAAGCUGGCCUUCCCAACCAUCAAGCUGGCCUUCCCAACCACCAAGCUGGCCUUCCCAACCACCAAGCUGGCCUUCCCAACCACCAAGCUGGCCAUCCCAACCAUCAAGCUGGCCUUCCCAACCACCAAGCUGGCCUUCCCAACCACCAAGCUGGCCUUCCCAACCACCAAGCUGGCCUUUCCAACCACCAAGCUGGCCUUCCCAACCAUCAAGCUGGCCUUCCCAACCACCAAGCUGGCCUUCCCAACCACCAAGCUGGCCUUCCCAACCACCAAGCUGGCCUUCCCAACCACCAAGCUGGCCUUCCCAACCACCAAGCUGGCCUUCCCAACCACCAAGCUGGCCUUCCCAACCUCCCUCACUGCUGUGAUUCAUCUUUGCUGA